AUGGCCAGUCUUCAGUUCCACGGCAACGUUGAUGCGGACAUCAGGUAUGAGAUUGGUCUGGAUCCGGCCAGGGAAUCGAACUUGUUCCGCCUGCUGAUGGGCCUGCAGUUGGCGAUGGGCAUGAAGCCAUCUCCGCGGUUACCAAAAUGGUGGCCCAAAUGGCUGAAACUGGUCGGCAAUGUCUUGGCCAAAGCCUAUUGUGCCAUUGUGAUUUUCACCUCGCUGCAUUUGGGAGUGCUGUUCACGAAAACCACACUGGAUGUGCUGCCGACGGGCGAGCUGCAGGCCAUUACCGAUGCCCUCACCAUGACAAUAAUAUAUUUUUUCACGGGCUACGGGACAAUCUACUGGUGUGUGCGCUCCCGAAGACUUUUGGCCUACAUGGAGCACAUCAGCCGUGACUAUCGCCACCAUUCGCUGGCCGGGGUGACCUUUGUCAGCAGCCAUGCGUCCUUUACGAAGUCCCGGAACUUCACGACCGUGUGGAUAAUGGCCUGCCUGCUGGGCGUGAUCUCCUGGGGCGUUUCGCCCCUCAUACUGGGCAUUCGGAUGCUGCCGCUCCAGUGUUGGUAUCCCUUCGACGCCCUGGCCCCCGUCACAUAUUCGGCGGUGUAUGCCACUCAGCUUUUUGGACAGAUUCUUGUGGGCGUGACCUAUGGCUUUGGGGGAUCGCUGUUCGUCACCCUCAGCCUGCUGCUGCUCGGCCAAUUCGAUGUGCUCUACUGCAGCCUGAAGAACCUGGAUGCCCACGCCAAGUUGCUGGCCGGGGAGUCUGUAAAUAGCCUCAGUAUGCUUCAAAAUGAGCUGCUGCUGGAGGACUCGAGCAGGGAACUAAAUCAGUAUGCCGUGCUCCAGGAACACCCCACCGACUUGCUGCUGAUGUGUUCGAGACGUAAAUGUCCUGAGCGGGGGAAUGUGUUCCACAGUGCCCUGGUGGAGUGCGUCCGCCUGCACCGCUUCAUACUGCACUGUGCCGUGGAGCUGGAGAACCUGUUUAGCCCGUAUUGCUUGGUGAAAUCCCUGCAGAUCACCUUCCAGCUCUGCCUGCUGGUCUUUGUGGGCGUGUCGGGGACCCGAGAGGUCCUGCGAAUAGUCAACCAGCUGCAGUACCUGGGACUGACCCUUUUCGAGCUGCUGAUGUUCACUUAUUGCGGCGAAUUGCUGAGUCGACAUAGCGUUCGAUCUGGGGACGCCUUCUGGCGGGGAUCGUGGUGGAAGCACGCCCAUUUAAUCCGCCAGGACAUCCUCAUCUUCCUGGUCAACAGUCGACGGGCCGUACACGUGUCCGCUGGAAAAUUUUAUGUGAUGGAUGUGAACCGUCUGCGAUCGGUUAUAACGCAGGCCUUCAGCUUCUUGACUUUGCUGCAAAAGCUGGCUGCCAAGAAGGCAGAUCCGAAUCUCUAA